AGUACCUUCUAAAUCAGUACCGUCUACACCAUUGGAAUUGUGGUCUGGGCAUAAGCCGAGUCUAAGACAUCUCAGUAUUUGGGGUAGUCCAGAACAUGUGCGGAGAACCAAAACUGAUAAGUUGGAACCGAGAUUAGAAGUAAGGCUGUUUGUGGGAUAUUCUAAGAAAACGAAAGGUGGUCUAUUUUAUAGUCCCGAGGACCAGAAAGUAAUCGUUAGCACGAAUGCUAGGUUCUUGGAAGAAGACUAUGUCUUAGAUCAUAAGCCCAGUAGUAGACAUUUUCUUGAGAAGUUAAAGGGAGUGAGUACUUCAAUACCGAGUGCGCUAGAUGUUACACCACAAAGUACUUCAACACGUAUCGCUGAUGAUGCACCUGAGCAGGUAGUACCUCGUCGUAGUGAGAGGGUUGUCCGGCAACCCGAACUGUUCAUGG